AUGAUCACAAGUUGCGAUGAAUUAAAGAAAAAAAUUCAAAGUACAAAUUUCAUUGUUUCAGCUGCAUCUGAUAUUAAAUAUAAAUCAAAUACCUAUAAACAUGGAAGUACAGUAGAGAAUACAACUGCUGCUACAGCCUCUACAGAACAACCAAAAGAAGUGAAUGAAUUUCAACAAAAGGCACAGAAUGAUAUAGCAAGACCACAAUUACCAGUACAACAAGAUCUACAGGCAUCGACAACAGAGAUGUUUACAAAAGUAUCAAAGUAUCUAAGUGGAGAGUUGGCAACAACACUUGCCGAUUAUAACCUAUUGGUACAAAUGAAUAAUGUUACAUCUGCAAAGUAUCAUGAUAUGACUGAAAUAACAAAGGGAUUAACAUUAUAUAUGAAUGAUUUAAAGAUACAAUAUGAACAAUUUCAACCAUAUAUUGAAAAGAUUAAUGAUUUGGACAAGAAUGUAACGGACUUGGAAAAGACAGUUCAAGUGAUCGAUGAAUAUACUAAAAGAUUGGAAAACAAAUUCAAGAAUAUCGACAAGACUGCUUUAUUACCAAUCAAUCCAACACCAACAACUACAGUUCCACCACCAACAACUACACCCAAAUAA